AUGAGCUCCGAACCAAACUCCGCAACCACAGCAAAUCMCCUCCUGAACCUCCCCCUCGAGCUGCUACUCACCGUAAUGGACCAACUCGACAAUAUCUACACCCUCAAUGCCCUCCUCAAUGCCUUCCCGGAUGAACUCCUCCCCCUUUUCAAAACCUACUCCAAAUCGAUUCUGAAUACCAUCUUUUGGCGCCCGGUGCAACACUACAAUGAUGACAAUGGUGUUGUCUAUCGAUGGAUGAUAAGGGAGCUGAAGCUGGGAUAUCUAUUCGAGCCCAGCAAAGAGGUGGAGAGUAAAGGGGCUAAUAAUGGGGGUACUGCUGUCGGGUCCAGGAAUGGAGAGAAGGUUCGAGGCCCGCAGACAGAUUACAGGGAAGAUAUGUGUCAGGAAUCUAGACGGAAGGCGAGGGAUAAAUUUAUACUGUCGGAGAAUAACGAUAUUGAUUGA